UACACUCGUUACGCCGACCAACCGGUGAGGAUCAAGGCCGUGUUAUCUAGAUCCAUACGGACUCAACACUAGAAGCAGGCCAUCGGUAGAGGAAGAACCAAAGCAAAAAACAAUUACCGCACCUCACUUUUGUUGAGCCGGGUGCGAAGUGUCUAGCAAACCAGGAAGACGGUUAUAUACGAGCGAGAGAACGGCCGAAGACGAGGAGUUGACAGAUCGCAACCUAGCCUAUUCGCGCGGCUACUAUGCAAGCAACUUAAUAUCACACGCUACAAAACAUGGGAGUUUAGCAGGUAACCGUAUUACAGAGCGGAACCAUGUCUCAAGACUCAUCCAUUUCCGGCUGUCUGUCACGUCGACCUCUGGGGAUCUUAGAGUCCUUUAUGUUUCACCAGAGGGAUAUCGGUCAGCGCGUGGGCCGCGACCAUUGGGCCUUCUGCAUAGCGUUUCGCCUAACCUUCCCGCCCUCCAUCGCGAAACCGAUACCCUGCCUGCGGCGCGCAUGGCAGGUCCUCCAGUGGCAGCAUCCCGCGUUGGCGAAUACGAUCAGCAGCGAUAGCGGGGGGCCCUAUGUGACGGCCAGGCCCCUCGAUGCUGAGUCCUGGGCUGACGACACGUUCGUCGUCGACCACACGAGUACAACCGCGAGGGACCUCUUGAGGACCCUUCUCCCCACGCCCACUGCCACCUGCCACUGGCUGUCCGCAUCGUCGGAGCUUGUCCUUCACUCGUCGCACUGGCGCGUCGACGGCGUGGGAGUAGCCAUGCUCUUGCACCAAUUCAUGGGCGCGCUGGCCCAAGCUGCGCAGCUGGGGCCCGAGGCUCCGCUGGAGGCUUUGGCGCCAGACUCCGGGCGCCGCCUAUCGCUCAUGCCGAGAAUUGAUGACCUAUCGCGCCCGUCAGCCCGUGUAGGCGGUGAACAAGAUGCCUUUUCCGCCGCUUUCGGCGAGAUGCAGGCUAAGAUCGCCCGCAGCGGACCCGGCAUUGGGCUGCCUAUCCGGCCGGGCUCCGCCGAGUCCGUGCCCGGAGCCACCGACUCCGCACUUACGCGCUUCGAUGCUGCCACCACCGCCAAGGUCAUGGCAGCCUGCCGCGCUAAGAAACUCACGAUUACGGCCGCCAUACACGCCGCAAUCGUUCGCGCCACUGCCGGGUACCUUCAGAAUCCGCCGGCUACAGCAUUCACGUCGGUUCUGCUGGUUAAUUUACGGCGGGCGCUGGACGUGACAGCCACGGCAGAGACCGAAGACAUCUCUACGGUCGUCGGCUCGUUUUUCACGGGCCUUCCCGUGUGCAUCGAAUCGGUGCUUACCAAGGACGGCAAGAGGAUCAAGGACUUCGAUUCCAUCGCCGACGAUCUAGGGCAAGUUUACAACGAAGAUCUUGUUCGUCUUCUCACCGCAAGGGACGGAAGCGGCCUGACGGCCGAUCUCUUGGACCUGGGGGCACGGUACAUCCAGCAGAAGGAGAAGACUCCGAGAGUGUCCGUUAUCGAGGGCGCGCCACCCACGGAGACGCCUGAACUGAGCAGCCUGUGCAUGAUACAUAAGUUGGUACAGACAGAGUACGGAUCUGGCAGCUACGAGCGUGUCACGGUGGAUGAUAUAUGGAUAGGCAUCGAGAUAUAUAACAGAUAUGUCCAGCUUCACGCCUGGAUUUGGAAAGGUGAGCUGAGCCUUGGCGCGUGUUUCAACCAGAGCUUCUACGAGAAGGAUUUCGUUGACGAUUUCCUCAAACGGAUAAUGGAGGAGCUUCGGGAAGGGUGUGGGGUUGAGAAAUUAUUACACGGGGAUAUCCAUACAGCCAAAAUAUAGGUCGGGAGGAUAAUACUAGGCAGGCAUUAUUAUACGAAUAAGGCAGUAAGGUCGUCAGUACGGCGACCUACUAAGGAAAGUCCUGAAUAAAUGCGGCUACCUAC